AUGGGGGAUGACUUCCCUCUGCUGGCCUCGCCGGCGCCGCAUGUGGGACAAGUCUCGCCCGUUCCGCGAGCAUCGCCUGGGGGCGAAGCAAACUCUGGAGCUUGGAACCGCACGUUGAGCUGGAAGCGGCUGCUUGUCAACAGCCCACCGGCAUGGGCGGCAUCUCCCGACAAGUGCAUGGGCCGCAUGGGUGUCGAGGGCAGCCCGGGCGAGGGCUCAUGGCCCUCAUGGCGCUCAGCGCCGCCUUUCCCGGCACCGAGCCUUGGUCCAGGCCCAGGCCCGAACCCGCCCCGCUUGCCGCCGAACUUGCGGCAGGAAGGCGAAGGUAAAUUCUCCCAAGACGAGGAGGACGAAAUCUCGAGAUUCUUGAGCCACGUUUCCAUUAGUCCGACAGCCUAUGCUGAAGACAUCGGAAAGCUAGGGCACGAGCCCCCGCCCAAAACGCCUUCUCCUCGAAGGCGCGGAUUCCGCGACGCUCAGGACGACACCCUCAGCACUGCCUGGACCCCCUUCUCUGCACUGAACACCUCAGGUCAGGAUUCUGGAUUCGCAACAGAAGGCCCUUCCGGAGCAUUCUUGGAGGGACCUGCCUCCACGGGCUCGCAGAGGAUGCAAAGACCAGGGGGAAGUAGCCAAGGAGCAGCGGACCACAGCACGCUGCUUCAGACAUCGUCGCCCACGGGCCCCUCUUCACCCGGCGUUGCUGCUGACACUCAAACGAAUCCGACGAUCGAGUUGGGUGAAGUUGCUCUGCGGACAUGCAGCUGCUGUGGGCGGCGAUUCCGGGAAUCUAGACUGCCUGUGCAUGAGGAGAUAUGCUAUCGGAAUGCUGGAACUGGGAAGAAGCGCAGUGUCUUUGAAUCAAGCCGGCAAAGAUGCUCUGCUGUCUCGGGACGUUGGUGGAGCACUCCGGAACGCAAGUCCAAUGCAGGAUCCCAGUCUCGGCAAGGGCAGAACUCAAGAGCAUGCUCCCCACAGGAUCCGGCGGCCAACGUAGUCCCAGGCGAGACAGCGAAGCCACGGCUCCACCGAUCUGUCAGUGGCUUUGCGGAAGUUGAGGUACAACACUUGCCACCUGUCCAGCUUCAACUGAAGCUGCCCGCCGGUUACCCCUCUUCUGAACCGCCUGACUUUCGCUUGUCUUGCUCUUGGAUGGACUUAGACAGCCUGUCGGCGUUCUGUAGAAGUUUGGAUGACCAAUGGGAGCAAGCAAAAGGGUCUGCGAUCAUCUACACCUGGGUUGAUGUCUUGCGACAGGAAGUGCUGGAGCUCAUCCUGAAGAAUCGGGGAGCAUUGGCGGGAAAGGUUUUUCUGACACUGAAGGCUAUUGACGGCUUGCCCGCUUCUGAUCCACGGGCCGAGUCCAACUGCACAGACCCAGUCCAGACUUUGUUGGAUCUGCUCAUGUACGAUAAGGGGAAGAGGUUGGACAUCUGGAGUCAACAGCAGCACGUCUGUAACGUGUGCUUCUGCGAGCAUCCUGGUUCUCAUUUCGUACACUUGGGCGGUUGCAGCCAUGCAUUCUGCAAGACUUGCGUCAAAACAAUGGCAGAGAUCCAUGUGAAUGAAGGCAGCAUUGCUGACUUGGUAUGUCCGGAGACAGGCUGCCGAGCUGAGAUCGCGCCCAGCGCUUUGAUGCAAGUCUUGGAUGAGCCGGGCUAUGAGAGGUGGCAGACCCUCAAGCUUCGACGAGCUCUGACAACUGCUAAUUUGGUCCUCUGUCCGCGCUGUGAAGAGAUGGGCAUGGAAACGCCAGUGUUGCCGGAUCCGGUCUCUGAUUCAGAUCAAUUGGCUUCACUUCCCCCCGUGGCCAGAUGUGGCCGUUGCGAGUAUGUCUUCUGUGCUACGUGCUUGUCUUUGUACCACGGGACAGAGCCAUGUCUGGCACCAGAGGAGAGGGCACAACAAGUGGCAAUGCGUCGGCUCGGAACUGCAACGAGUGUGGCAGAAAAGCGAAAGCUCAAACGUGAGGCACAGAAGGGAUAUCUGGUCUGUAUCGACGUAGGUGAAGACAUGCUGCCUAUCGAUGCAGCUGGCCACACCACCGAGGACUGCGAGCCGAACGUCGCAGAAGGCGACAAGGUUAUCGCCGUACAUACUGGAGUCCCAGACAAAAUCACUGGCCGAGCUUUGUGGGAUGCCAAGUUCGACAACAUAUGUAACUUAGCAACUGUCCUGAUGGAAUCCCCGAGGCCGAUCAGCAUCCGUUUGGUUCGCACACGGGCUGAUGCUGCGAUGGAGCGGCACCGCCAGCGCCGCCUGAUGGAAGAGCUGCUGACAUUGCGAGAAAUCGCCAAAGAGUCACAGCCUUGUCCUGUUUGCAAAGUGCGUGUGCACCGUACUGCCGGGUGUAAUCACAUGCACUGUACGCAGUGCCGUGCACACUUUUGCUAUCGCUGCGGUGCACAAAUGGACAGUGAGGACCCCUAUGCCCAUUUCAAGACAGGAAAAUGUACAACCUUCGAUGAUGAAGAGGUGCGAAGAAUAGCAGCUCAGGAAAGGCAGCCUGGCUUCGUAGACCACGAACUGCAGCGUCUCCGAGCCGAGUUUGGCGAACAACGUGAGUUGUUUGCGCAGUUUCAGCAAGCCCAUGGCAUACAAGCACCUAAUACCGGCGGUCGUGGAACGGUGGCAGCAAGACGGCGCAUGGGCGACGUCCCUUGUCCAUCCUGUGGACAAUGGAAUGGCCGUGUAGGCAAUCUUAACCACAUUCGAUGUGGCAUGUGCCGAAAUUCCUUUUGUGGACACUGCAGACGUCGAAUACACGGCGUCAUUUCCCACCAUUAUCGUGGUGAGAACGCCUGCCCACAGCAUUUCCGUGUCGAGUAG